AUGGCCUCGCUCUACUGUAGAACACCUCACCUAUAAAGCUUCAUUACACCCUAUUUCCCUCUUAGGUCGUCGUCUUCCCAGCUUCUGCAGUUCUCUUCUCGCGGAAUCAGAAGGGAUAAAGCGACUGAGCCAUGGUUCACGUCAGUUUCUACAGAAACUAUGGCAAGACCUUUAAGAAGCCUCGCCGUCCGUACGAGAAGGAGCGAUUGGACGCUGAGUUGAAGCUCGUCGGUGAGUAUGGGCUCCGAUGUAAGAGGGAGUUGUGGAGGGUUCAGUAUGCUUUGAGCCGUAUCCGUAAUGCUGCGAGAGAGCUUCUCACUCUUGAUGAGAAGAACUCACGUCGGAUCUUUGAGGGUGAAGCUCUUCUUCGUAGGAUGAACAGGUACGGGCUUCUGGAUGAGAGCCAGAACAAGCUUGAUUAUGUCUUGGCGCUGACUGUGGAGAACUUCCUUGAGCGUCGUCUCCAGACUCUUGUGUUCAAGUCGGGUAUGGCCAAAUCAAUCCACCAUGCUAGAGUGCUUAUCAGGCAGAGGCAUAUCAGGGUUGGAAGGCAGGUUGUCAACAUUCCCUCUUUCAUGGUGAGGGUCGACUCACAGAAACAUAUUGAUUUCUCACUCACCAGUCCUCUGGGAGGUGGACGCCCGGGAAGAGUGAAGCGAAAGAACUUGAAGGCAGCUGCCAAGAAGGCUUCUGGUGGGGAUGGAGAGGAAGAGGAUGAGGAUUAAACAUUUAGUUUGAACAUAGUUUCUUGAUGAUAAUAAUAGAAAUAUUGGUCUCCAGUUAUUUGUUAGCGAUCUCACUUUUAGUUGUAGUUGGUUGGUAUUAGUUUAAGAACUCCCCAUUGAGGUUUAGAAGUUUG